CGCCCCGGACGGGAAGGUCGUCCCUGUGACCGACUCGGCGGUUGGAGUUGCUGUCGCCAUGUUGUCGGUCGCCGCCCGUUCGGGCCCUUUUGCGCCUGUUUUGACGGCCACGGCCCGUGGGGUGGCGGGUGCGUUGCGGCCCCUAGUACAGGCCGUAGUUCCCGCCGCCCCGGAGCCGCCGGUGCUGGACGUGAAGCGGCCCUUCCUGAGUAAGGAGUCGCUGAGCGGCCAGGCCGCGAGCCGGCCUCUGGUCGCCUCCGUGGGCCUCAAUGUCCCAGCUUCUGUCCGCUUCUCACACACAGAUGUCAAAGUGCCCGACUUCUCUGACUACCGCCGCCCUCAAGUCUUAGACAGCACCAAGUCUUCUAAAGAGAGCAGUGAGGCUAGAAAAGGGUUCUCCUAUUUGGUAACUGCAACCACAACAGUGGGCGUCGCCUAUGCUGCCAAGAAUGCCGUCUCCCAAUUUGUCUCCAGCAUGAGUGCUUCGGCUGAUGUGUUGGCCAUGUCCAAGAUUGAGAUCAAGCUAUCUGAUAUUCCAGAAGGCAAGAACAUGGCCUUCAAAUGGAGAGGCAAACCCCUAUUUGUGCGACAUAGAACCAAGAAGGAGAUCGACCAGGAAGCUUCAGUGGAAGUGGCCCAGUUGCGGGACCCGCAGCAUGAUUUAGAGCGUGUAAAGAAACCGGAGUGGAUCAUCCUGAUAGGAGUCUGCACUCACCUCGGCUGUGUCCCCAUUGCCAACGCAGGCGAUUAUGGUGGCUAUUACUGCCCCUGCCACGGGUCUCACUAUGAUGCCUCUGGCAGGAUCAGGAAGGGGCCUGCGCCCCUCAACCUUGAAGUCCCCACCUACGAGUUCACCAGUGAUGAUGUAGUGGUAGUUGGCUAGAUACUUGGACCCAAGUCCCGGGCUUCCUCCUGUCCUCACGUCACCUCAGGAGAGUUUCGAGGAAGCCUAGUGUACUUCCAAGUUGGUUGAUGUGCCGUAUUUGAAUUGUUGACAAUGUAUUUGCAUACAUUAAUGUGAGGUAAAUUGAAAGUCAUGUCGAAUCCUUCCAAGCAUUCACUUAAUAAAGCCACUGUUAAAUAUUAAGCUUAAUCACAGACGAGAAAGCUACAAUGUCUUUGGUAGCUCAUUCUAAUUAAAGAUUACAGACUGGCACGCAA